GGCCCAAAAUGAGUGCUGCAGUGAAUGGACUACAGAUAAACACAGUUGCGGUGGCAGGCUGUUGCUUUUUGCGGUUGAGCUAGGCCGGGGGCGCGAGCGAUGAAUCUCGGAAGGAGUCGUGAUUCGCUGUGGGGCGAAGAUUCAUGUGAUCGGGCAGUUUGAACGUAUUGUGUUCAGUUUUCAAAGCUGCUAUAUAGCUUGUACGAGAGACGCGUGGACGUACUAAACUCCCGGUUGUUGUACACUUGUCGACGGCCCGUGUGUUCGAGCGAGAUGGCUGCUACGAUUACCAUUGUCCCGGAGUAUUCGUGGUUCCAGAAGCCAAGAUCAGCAGGCGUUACUCGAGAGACCACAAGCAGUGUAGCUGAUACCAGGAAGAAGUUUAUUGCCACUGCUACCUCCCAUCCUGAUAGCAAGAGGAAACAUCGCUCUUCAAGCAGGUCAGAUGAGGCAGAGGAAGUGAAGGGAACAAAGGAAAAGCCUCCACUUGCUCCAAAGAAAGACAGCACUCCCAUCCCAGCUAAACCAAGUAAACCAGCGCCUCCUGCCAAGUCAGAGAGGGUCAAAUCACCAGGCCCACGGAAGACCACGCCCACCCAGGAGAAGACCACGCCCAUUCACAGUCAGGCCACGCCCACCCAGGAGAAGACCCCGCCCCCUACAGAGCCUGAAGUCACCCCGGUAGCAAGUACUCAACCUCUUCUCAAAUCACCGUCUCCCGCACCCGUCGAGCCGCCAGCCAAAGAGGCAGCCCCUGUCCCAACGAGCAAUCAGGAGACCACACCCCCUGAGCCGGAAGAAGAGAAGAUAAAGAAUCCCACAACUACCUCAGCUCCCCCUCCACCUGUCAGUCCAAGUGGUAAAACUGCUACCAUGGAGAUUGUUAACUCUACCAGAGUGGAGCCACCCCCUGAGAAUGGUCUCGAAGAUGGUCAGGAGGAAGAACCGCCACGGGCUCUUCGACUUAUAUCAUCAUUUGAAAAGAAAUCUAUGCAACAGGCACAAGUGAGUUAUUUUUACAUAGGUUAAAAUUCAGUAACACCCAAAGGCACCAGCUGUGUCAACCAUUCCAGAUGGC